UAAUGUGUGAGCCGAGAUCUUUCGUCAAUCAGUAUUCCAGCGGAAUUUGAUCUAUUGAUGUGGGCUUUCCUUCGACGAGGGGAAAUUACUGCGAUAUCUUUAAUUCCGGAUUUUGAAAACUACUAUUGGCUUGUCAGUCGAUCGGCGUGAAAUAUGUCCGUUGCUGCAAGAUGAGGUUAACUUUUCAGAUUGUCAUUUUGACCUGCCUUUCCUCGAGCUUUGUCAAGUGCUCGGCCGUUUCCGAAGCGAACAAAACUGCAACGAGCGAUUACAGAUUCAACGGGCCCUUGGUAUGGUGCAAUUUUUUGCCCAAGGAAUUCAUUGAGUGUGCCGAACCCAUUGAUCACAAGGGGAACAAAACUGCCAAGGAAGAGCUUGGGCACGGAUGUGUAAAGUUCGGUGGUUCUCGUUACGAGGAUGUGGAACGGACCAAAGUAUCUUGCGAGGUUUUGCCAGAGAUCGAGUGUUAUGGAGAAAGGAAAUUUUUUCGAAGUGGGGUACCGUGUAUUAAAUAUAGCGGACAUUAUUUCACCACCACGCUGCUCUAUAGCAUUCUGUUAGGCUUUGUUGGUGUGGAUAGAUUUUGCUUAGGACAAACAGGAACUGCUGUCGGUAAGCUUUUGACUUUGGGCGGCGUUGGUGUUUGGUGGAUUGUUGAUAUUAUUUUAUUGGUGACCAAUUCUCUGCAGCCCGAAGACGGUAGCAAUUGGAAUCCUUAUGUCUGAUGAUAGUUAAUAAGCAGAAAUUUUGUGAAUAACUACCAAGUAUUGACUAACUCUGCACAUAUAUAUAUAUAUGUAUGUGUGUGUGUGUGUAUAAAUACAUUUCGUCUUAGAACUCAAAUAGUAUAUAGUUGUAUCUACGCUGAAAAAAACUAUUGAUUUUUACCUGUGUUUGAACUAUGGAAUCUGGUUGUAGAAACACAUUCCAUGUUGUAUCAAAUUUUAUUGGAUAUACAGAAUAUUGUUACAACAUUAAAUAAUCUAAAUGUGAGAAUCUCAAUUACCGUGAGAUUGUGAUAUACAAAUCUACUGCAAACGGUUUCCGGUAUCACGCGGAUCUUGUCUAAUUUUGACAUCCG